AAUGUUGUAUUGUUGUUGUUGAUGGUUGGUUGCACAAUCGAUUUUAUUUUAUGUUGCACACUUUUUGAAACAUACUUGCGACAGGUUUGAUUAAACAAACAACCUCGUCCAUUAAUCUGGUAGCGUGAAUCAACACAGCUAAAAAAAAAAAACCCCGGUGUUCGUUUAGGAAACAUUCCAGUAAAUCGUUUCGGGAAAUGGCAGAAUGUAGCCUGGCAAAUGGCACACGCGGCAGUAAAACACCGCCCACAAAAGACGGGGUAACAGCUGCUGAGCUUUUCCUCGAGGAGGGCCUUACAUAUAACGAUUUUCUCAUCUUACCAGGCUAUAUCGACUUCGCUGCAGACGAUGUGGAUUUAACGUCAAAAUUGACCAGGAGGAUUAGCCUGAAGGCGCCGCUCGUUUCGUCGCCCAUGGAUACCGUCACAGAAUCAUCCAUGGCCAUCGUCAUGGCACUCUGUGGUGGCAUUGGAAUAAUCCAUCAUAACUGUACCCCAGAAUUCCAAUCUAAUGAAGUCCGAAAAGUAAAGAAAUACGAGCAAGGCUUCAUCUUAGAUCCUGUAGUGAUGGGACCUGACAACACAGUGGCUGACGUUUUCUCGGCAAAGGCAAGGAAUGGUUUUUCAGGCAUCCCCAUCACAGAGAAUGGUCAAAUGGGUGGUAAACUUCUCGGUAUUGUGACAGCGCGCGAUAUCGACUUCUUGUCUCGCGAACAGUACAAAGUGAAGCUAAAUGAAGUGAUGACGCCGCGGGAACUAUUGACUGUUGCGUCCUCGGGCAUCAAACUCAAGGAAGCAAACGAUAUGCUCCAAAAGUCAAAGAAAGGGAAAUUACCGAUAGUCAAUGAAAAAGAUGAACUGGUUUCGCUGAUCUCGCGAACGGAUUUGAAAAAGCAUCGUGAAUUUCCUCUUGCUUCAAAAGACGAACAUAAACAGCUUCUAGUCGGAGCUGCUAUUGGAACGAGAGAAGAUGAUAAAGACCGUUUGGACAUGUUGGUCAAUGCUGGCGUUGAUGUUGUUGUAUUGGAUUCGUCGCAAGGAAACUCGAUCUACCAGAUCAACUUGAUAAAAUAUAUCAAACAAAAGUAUUCCGACCUUCAGGUUGUCGGUGGGAAUGUGGUAACCACCUCCCAGGCUAAGACCUUGAUUGCAGCCGGCGUGGACGCCCUUCGGGUCGGUAUGGGUAGCGGCUCUAUCUGCAUCACGCAAGAAGUUCCAGCCAUGGAACAGGACGUUAAAGUGGUCCUUUAUGAGGGUCAGCAGACUCCAAAGAUGAUGGCAGUAGGGCGCCCUCAAGGUACUGCUGUGUACAAUGUUGCUGCAUUUGCAAGGGAAGCGGGGGUGCCGGUCAUCGCAGAUGGGGGAGUGUCUUCUGUUGGCCAUAUCACAAAAGCCCUUGCUUUGGGUGCAUCUACUGUGAUGAUGGGAAGUUUGUUGGCUGGUACAACUGAGGCUCCAGGUGAAUACUUUUUUUCGGAUGGUGUCAGGCUGAAGAAAUAUCGGGGUAUGGGGUCACUGGAUGCCAUGGAAACCAACAAGUCAAGUGCCUCCAGAUAUUUUAGUGAAAGUGACAAGCUAAAAGUUGCACAGGGUGUUUCCGGAUCUAUUGUGGAUAAAGGUUCCAUUCAUAAAUUUGUUCCGUAUCUAAUUGCUGGAAUCCAACAUGGCUGCCAAGACAUCGGAGCCAGGUCAACUGAAGUUCUACGUGACAUGAUGUACGAUGGGAAACUUCGAUUUGAGAAACGCACAGUUUCUGCACAGGUAGAGGGCGGUGUGCAUAGUUUGCAUUCCUACGAGAAACGUCUAUACUGAAGGCAAAAGAAUCUGCUGUUCCGAGAACUCCUACCAUCCGUAUGUGAUCCGUGUAUUAAAAUUGACUGCAUAAUCUGCGAAGGGAUUACCCUUUUGUUGAUUUUAAUGUCAGUAAAAUGGUGUAUAAUUUAUGAAUCUUAUUUUAAUUUGUUUGCUAUUAUAUUCAUAGCAGAAACUUAUGUUCUGUUAUUCAUACGUGUAAAACUAAUAACUUUCAUUUAAAAAAUUAAGUGAUGAGUUUUCUAUGAUUUUUAUUAAGCAAUAGAAAGGUCGUUUCUAUUUUUUUUUUUUUUUUGAUGUGCAGAAUUGUACACCAUUAAAGAUUAUUUUACUGUGGUUUAUCCCAAAUAUUGUAAGAACACAAAAAAACUAAUUUUCUUGGUAACUGGGUGUUCAGUGUGUUAGGAGUUUGCUGGUAAUUAGAAAUACAUUUUUGUGAUUAAUUGUAAUAAUAAUGUAAGCCUUGGAUACUAUUUGAUAUUUGGUGUGUGAUAGUAUACAUAUGGAUUUUCAUGAGUGCAAUGGUAUAGAAUAUUUUUUAACAAGAGUUGAAUAGUACAUUCCAUCUUUCACUGAAAGAAAAUAUUGUAUUCCAUUGUAUGAAUGAAAACUUUCAUUUUGUUAUAUAUAGAACUUAUACAGUGUAAAGUAUAAAGAUUGUCAUUUGUUUGGUGGUUUUCUAAUAAAAAGAAAAAGAUGGGCUGAAAAAAAGAAUUGGACAGCGAAGUCAGCAAAUGGCACAAAAGAUUAACAAAAAAAUUGAUGUCUGCUAUGAAAUUUACUUUUUUUUUCAUUGAAUAAAAUAAACACUGUUUUAAUCCCAUGUUAUCUAUACUCGACCCAUUCAUUUAAGAAGAAUUCAGAUUUGUGUAUAAUAAUAGCUUAACCAAUUUAGAAUUUGUGAAAACAAUUUCUUGUUAAUAUAAGUGUUGUUUAAAGUACACUAGAAAUUAUUCAAAUGUUUUGUAGUUCAUUGCUAAUAGUUAGCCUUGGUAUUGUUAAGAAUGGUUGUUGGGUGUUGAGCUUUGAAUUAAUACACCAUAUUGGAAACUCUGUGCUAUACGUCAAACCAGUAAUAGUUGCCUUGGGUAUUUUAAAGCAAAAUUUAUGAAUGGAACAUAAGUAUUUAGAAAAAAAUAAAAUUUAAACCAAAAUGUGUAUCUUUCUUUCACUGCCCUGACUUGGAUGCCAUUAUACUUAAUACAAAAGGUUUCAAAUAAUAAUUGUAGUGGAGGGUGUGCUGUGUAAUACGUACAUAUUCAUAAUUUGCAUUCCAUGUGUAAUUAAUGGGAAUAUUUAUUUAAGAGGACAUAAGAGUUGUUAUAAUUGUACAAAUUGUGCUAAGUACAGUAUAUAAUCAUCUAUGUUUACAUUUGCCCUGAAGUUGAACAAGUAAUUAAAAUUUAUUUAGUAGAUCUCACAGUUUUUGGUAAAAGUGUCGGUAAAAUCGGUAAAAUUACUGGAUAUUUCGCCUAGAGGCUAUUUUGUAAUGUAUUAUAAUUGCCAGAAUGUUAUGAAGAUGCUGAAUUUUAAACUACAGUAAACCUUUCUUUUAAAAAAAAAAUUAGAAAAUAAAAUGAUAUUUUUAUGUGGUAUUAUUAAGAUUUAUAUUUAUAUAAAUCUUAAAAGAAUUGAACUAGCUAAAAAUUGGUCAUUUGUAUGAUUAAAAAAAAAGUUAUAAAUGAUAAUAGGUUUGUUUAUAUUUUUGUUUUAUUCAGAGGCCUAGAUCAGGAUUAUUAUAGAAAGUUUAUCUCUGAUCAAAUAAAGAUUUUGGUUUGUAGAUUUAGAAAUAGUAGUGUGAAAUAGAGAUUCUAAGAAGUAGUGUGUUAAGUCUGUAGAAAGCUUUUUCUGGAGAAGAUACUAUAGGAGAAUAAGUACUUUAUUUUAGAAAUUCAUUGAUAUUGCUGAAGAUAAGUGUUUAUUGCCUUUUACCACUUUAAAGUGUAUAACAUUAACAAUGCAAGGUGCUUUACGUGUAUAAGUAAUACUAGUAUAUGUUCUCUUGCUACUGGGCAGAAGUCACUCUAGCUACCUGUUCUGUGAAGCAUUUGAAUUGUAUAUUUAUUGGUACUGUUUUCAUUAUUUUAAUUAUUAUAUUAUUGUUUCGAAUUUGAUGAAAGAAGUUAUGGAUAUGCUAAUUGUUAAAUGAAAUUGUUAUUUAAUUGAAGGUUGAAACUCCCUUAUAUUUAAGUAUACAUACACUGUAUAUAUGAAAUAAAACACAAAGGUGGUAGUUGAUUUGUUUCAAACUCUACUGGAAAAGUAACUGGCUUUUAUACUUUUCAACUGUUUCAAUCUUUCAAUAGCCAGGAUUUAUACUAAAAUUAAUCUUGUCAUUGAUAUGUUGGAGAUUUUCAGUGAUAGACGUCAGUAGAUACAAACGUCAGAGCUUGCCCUUUCCAAUAAUAUAAUAUCUAAGAAAAAAUAAAUAAAGUUAAAUUGCUUCAAAAAUUUAAUUAAUUACCGUGACAAAUAUUUUUCCACCGUGAUUCAAAGAUCAUAAAAUUACACAACAAUUUAAUAUGGAAAUCUGUACAAACUCUCGAUUGUCAAAAUCUGUAAUUCAGCUAAAUCUGAAUUGUUUCAGAAAUAGCAGCUUAUAAUUGACCUAAGCCCCACCUUCGAUAUUGUUGCUAAGGUCCCCACAAAACGGCAGUGUAAAAACAUACGUACACAGAGACUGUACACCUGUGUUUGUGGGACAACACGCGUUUUUGUGGGACAACACGCGUGUUUGUGGGACAACACGCGUGUUUGUAGGACACACGCACAUUCCUGGCCCAGGUCAGAUAGGCCAGGUGUUAAGUUUAAUUGUAGCACUCCGGAAAGGUCCAUUGAAUUAGAGGGGUUUUUUAAACCAUAACCAGCUAAUUUUAAAGGCUGUGUUACUUAGUUUAUUCAUAACUAUGUCACCUACUAGGGAUAAUGUUUUGAUUGGUCAAUCACUUUUGGUAUUUGUGCAUAUAAGCUUGCAAAUAUUGAUAAUUUUUCAUUCCUGAUGAUGACAUAAUUAAUGUCGAAAUAUUGAAUCCCGACACGAUGGCGUGCAUUUCGAUACUUGGAGUAUGUAUUACACUGUCUUACGCCUAUCUAUUGUGCUAAUUGGUGGAGCUGGCUUAACUCUAACCUUAAACUUCUGUCUCGCUUUCUUUAUGCACUAUGGCAUUUCGGAAGAAUAACCAUUUCCUAUUUUAUAGGAUUCUAACAUUUUUAAGAACUUUACUAGCUUUAAUUUACUUAUAUGUAUGGGAUACAAGGUGCUUGUAAUAAUUGUAUAAUUCCACUAAGUAUUGCUGGUCUUGCUUCUCAUUACCUUACAAAAACGGGUGCGCAUUUUUUAUUGUAAUCUAAUCUAAAUAAUUAGGAUUAUUGGAAUUUCGUAAGCUUGUAAACAUUGUUAUUAGGAUUUGAAAGUGUUUUUUUUUUCCCAACCACGGAAACUAUGAUUGUGUACAAUGAUUCUAAAGCAGAACAGUGACAGGGGAAUUGUAAUUGCAUUUGCUAUAACAAAAUAUUUUACUCGUCCUGUUUGUUUGAAUAUGUGUAUCUUCACAAUGCACAGGUGUAUAUCAGUCGUGAUGCUCUUACGAAGAUGUUCAAAUUUCUCCCGGUUUUCUGCAAAAGUAAAUAAAUUGACGUGGGUAGGGAGGGCAGACGAGAAACAAGUUUAUUUAUUUGAUCUUCGAUUUUACAUAUUCACCCUUCGUUUGUAUUCAACGUUUUAAUUUUAGAAUAAAGAUGAUACUCGUCACUA